CAUGAAGAAGCAAGAAAAAUUGAUCGAAAUCGAUUUCUCCGAAAAAAGCAACGAUCCGCGUUUACGAUGUCGACCAAGGGAGUUGAAAAAUUAUGAAAAAUCUAUAAUAUACGCUGAUGACGAAGACCAUAACGUAAUUUGUCCGUUCAUGGGAAAAUAUAGUGCAACUUUAAACGGUAAAGGUAUUUGCUCUGGAACAUUUCGAAUAGGUUGUAGCGCUCCCGAUCGUAUGGAAAUCGAUAAUGAAUGCUUUGGGUCAAUAACUUCCAAUCUAAAGUGCGUCUACACUUGGAAAGCUCGUCGUAAGCACUACGUUUUAGCAAAGAGUCUAGAUGGAGAAAUUGCCAACUGCUAUUCAUUCCAGGAAAUCUCAAAAAAUAGCUUAAAAUUCGAAAGAGAGUCUUGGUGCAGUUACGGUGCGUCAACCAUCUUCAAACCAAACUCUUUUUUUCUAACUAACAGGAAAGCUAUAGAUCGCUGCUAUCAACCUCAAGAGACGAAUAGGAGAAGUGAAAAAGUUAAGGAAGAUAAAGCUCAGCAAAAUCCACCAUACGACAAAAUAAGUAGAGAUAGGCCAAGAAGAAUACACCAGGAAGAUAGUAAAUCUAAUUACCACACUCCUUCUACAAGUGUUAUUAGUUUGCUCUUUAUCUUGGCUCUAAGUAUUUCUUACUAG